AUGACCGAGCAAGAUCCGCGUGUGCUCGCGGGCAAGGCAAAAACUUAUAUGGCUUUUAAUAUCGAAGGCGAGACCGUCUAUUGCCACCUUACGGAAGAACAAUUAAGGACUAUCUAUAAGCGUUUUGGCCACCCUUUAGCAGUGCACGAUCUCGGAACCAACUUUAAUUCGGCAACGUUCCGAGGCUACUUUAAAAGUAUUAGCAGCACUUUAAAGCAGAUGCUUGUAGAAGCUUAUUACAGCGUCGGGCUAGUAGAACGCUAUUACGUCCUUGUGCGACGCGCUUUUGAGAUCGUCAUAAAAGAGCUUUUAAAAGCCUUAAGGGAAGACCGGCUUCAAAUGGCUAUCAAAGCUAUUAACGACAUAGCUGGACUUAAUGGCCUGGUUCUUAUACUCUUCGUUUUUGGGACUUUAUCGAAGCUGACGGAGCAAGAUCGACUUGCCGCGUUUAUCUAA